AUGUCCGCCGCUACUGAUAAGGCUCGAUUCUUCCUCGAGCAGUCGGUGCCCGAGCUCAGGGAAUAUGAGCGCAAGAAGAUCUUCACCAAAGAGGAAAUCACCUCCAUAAUCAAGAAACGUUCCGACUUUGAGCACAAGCUCAACGCGCGCGGCGCAGCUCCUAUCGACUUUGUGCGCUACUUUGAAUACGAACUGAACCUUGACACAUUGCGAAAGAAGCGAGUGAAACGAUUGGGUAUCCGCGCAGUCGGACACAGCGGUCAACGGCGCAUUUACUUCAUUCUCGAACGAGCGACGCGCAAAUUCCACGGCGAUCUCAAUCUGUGGAUCCAAUACAUUGAAUUUGCUCGGAAACAAAAGGCAAACAAGAAGCUUUCCAUUAUCUUCACGGAUGCUCUCCGAUUCCACCCGACUAGCGCCGAACUAUGGGUCUAUGCCGCCAAGUAUGCGCUGGACGACCACGCCGACAUGUCGCAGGCCCGCAGCUAUAUGCAACGUGGCCUCCGAUUCUGCAAGAACUCAAGGAAACUGUGGAUUCAAUAUGCCAAGUUGGAGCUGAUCUAUAUUGCCAAGCUGGUUGCACGUCAACGGAUUCUGGGGUUGGACGAGGAGCGGCCGGUGCCGAUCGAGGCGGCCAACAACGACAUGGGUGGUGACAUGGUUGCACUGCCAGCCAUCACGGACGAAGAUGUCAAUCCCACGAGGAACGAUGAAGAGGUCGAUCAGCAAGCCUUGUCAAACUUGAACUCCACCCCGGCGCUUACUGGUGCGAUCCCCCUCGCCAUCUUCGAUGCUGCUAUGAAACAUUUCCACCACGACGAUCGCUUCGGAGCUGAGUUCUUCGACAUGGUCUUGGAAUUCAACGAGACUCCCUGUUUCCACAAAAUUGAAGAACACGUGGUCGACACUUUGAAGACUCACCAACCGACGAGCCCUCGCGCACAAGUCUGUUAUAUCAAGCUGCCCACUGCUGGUGUUGAUGUCACCUCUGCUGCAUUCCCACGGGCUUUCGGUACAUCUCUUGCCCGUCUCAAAGAAACGGCAAUGACCCAAGACCUGGCUCGGGAGGUGGUGGCCUGGCUGCAACCGCUUGUGACUGUUGACAACCUCGAUCCUGCAUUGAAGAAGGUUUUCGAGGCUACCAUUCGAUCUGCAGAACGCUCGUUGGUCCAGUGA